AUGCUCAAGCUUUGGACCUUGAAGAAGAACGAGGAGGCAGCGGCCAAGAAGAAGCCGAAGACGAGCGCAGCUCAGAUUCGCGUGCAGAAAGAUCUCACAGAGCUAGACUUACCAUCAACAAUGAAGACGAACUUCCCUGACCCUGCGGAUCUGCUCAACUUCACUCUCACGAUAACGCCAGACGAGGGCAUGUACAAGGGUGGACAGUUCAACUUCUCCUUCCAGAUCAACACCAACUACCCGCACGAGCCACCAAAGGUCAAGUGCACGCAAACGAUCUACCAUCCGAAUGUUGACCUGGAGGGGAACGUCUGUUUGAACAUCUUGCGAGAGGACUGGAAGCCCGUUCUCAACCUUAACUCGGUCAUGGUCGGCUUGCAGUACCUCUUCCUGGAGCCGAACGCCGACGAUCCUCUGAACAAAGAGGCCGCAGAAGAGUUGCGACGCAACCGCGAUACGUUCUUGCACAAUGUCAAGCAGUCGAUGCGUGGCGCGAACAUCAAGGGCCAGAAAUACGACAACGUCCUUGCUCAGUGA